AGAGACUAAGGUAUUCGACUUGAUGCGGAGUUGUAAGCGCCAAGAGGGAUGAAUACAUAAGAAGCAUCCUCCGCCGGCAAACCCGUCUCAAUCGCUGGGCAGUCUUUGUGCUGCUAUCGAUUUGGUUGUCAGACAUUAUGCUCGGCAUUCUGGGACUCGAAUAUGGUUUCGUGCCUUCAUUGGCGCUGUUCGCCGCCAUACCUGUGAUGCUGUACCUCGCCUACCUCAUCAGAUCCCCCGUGACAAUGGACGCUAAAGAGCCGCCUCUAUUGCGCCCGACAAUCCCCUUCAUCGGGCACAUCAUCGGCAUCUUCCAACACUCGUGGGAGUAUCUCGACGUGGCCUUUGCAAAGUCAAAGGCUCCCAUGUUCACCCUGCCCAUGCUAGGAGGCAAGAUGUACGUCGUUACCGAACCAGAGCUCGCUCAGGCGGCACUUCGCAACCGCUCACUGAGCUUCGACCCGUUUCUGAGGGACCUUAUUAAGGGGAUGGCUGGCGCUAGUGCGCAGACAAUGAAGGCGUGGGAUGAUCCCGCGUUCUACGGCCCUUGGGUGAAGAGUCUCUAUGGUGGGAUGGCGGGCCAAUCGCUACUUGCACUCAAUAUCUCGGCCGUGGGAGGGAUUGCGACGGCGCUGAACGAGAUUGGCGACGAUGUAGAGGUUGCGGACUUGUACAUGUGGAAUCGGGAGUUGUUCACAUUGGCCAGCACAGAUUCGCUGUAUGGGAGCAAGAACCCUUUGAGGGCGGAUAAGACGCUCAUCGAGGCGUACUGGGACUACGAAGCAGACGUCAACAAGCUCAUGCUCGGCAUCUUCCCCUCUAUCAUCGCACGAAAAGGCUACCGCGGCCAAGCCCUCUUCCAAGAAGCUUUCAAAUCCUUCUUCGACUCCCAGUUCCACGAGAACGACGAUGUCCCAUCCCUCGUCAAAGACCGCCGGAGAUUAAGCAUAAGCUUCGACAUGACAUCGGCGGAAGCCGCCAAGAUUGAGCUGAUCUUCCUCCACGGCGCCGUCUCGAAUACCUUUCCUGCAUUUUACUGGUUCUUUACCCAAAUUUUCAGCCAGCCUGAGCUUCUUUCACGCCUUCGUGAGGAGGUGCAUGGCGUCAUUGAGGAGAAGGGGCGUAAUGUUGUCGAUGGAAAAGAGAAGCGAGUAUAUUUGUUGCAUAUGGAGAAGUUGGAGGAGAAGUGCCCGCUACUCAUGUCCUGUUUCCGGGAGGCCCAUCGAUUGUACGCUGCGGGUACUCUCGCGAGGAAGGUCAUGGCUGAUACGACUAUUUCCGAUGGGAAGAUGAGCUACAUUGUGAAGAAGGAUUGGCAGAUAUCUGUGCCGCAAAAGAUUCUGCAGACUGAUUCCGGGAUCUGGGGAGAUGAUGCGUUGGAGUUUAUUGGAGAUAGGUUCUUGAAGAUUGCGAAAGAGAAGGGAGAGGCGGUUGUUAAUGCUGCUAUCCGAGGGUUCCUUGGCUUUGGGGGUGGAAAGCAUAUUUGUCCCGGUCGGUAUUUUGCGAGCGGUGAGCUGUUGGGCUCCCUAGCGCUGCUGGUUGCUGGGUUCGACGUCACUAGUUCGGACGGGGAUGCGCUCGCAGUUCCGAAGGCCACUCCUGUGCCUCUUACUGGAUCUUUUGGCAAGCCGGUACCUGGCAGCGGCCUGCGCGGGCGGAUGCGCAGGAGAGCGGGGUGGGAAGAUGUCCGGUGGGAGGUUGUUGCAUAAUUGAUGAGAUCAGAAUAGCUGAAUGGGCAUGACCUACCUUUCUUACGCCUUUGUACUUGAGCUUUUUGGGUGUUAGUUGACAUUCUUAGUUGCAGUGGGGAUAAAUCUCUAAAUGCCAACAUAGGUCAAGGACAUGGUCCUGUCUGUCACAUAUGCCAACUCUUGGGUUGCGGAAAAGGUCCUAAGACAUGGUAUAGGCACUUUCAUCGUCUUUCCGUUUGACGUCCCAAAGUCUCCUUGACGUCUUUCCUACUUCGGGUAGUAAAAAGGGCUUCUUCCUCACCGCAUCGCAAAAAUCAUUCUGAUCCAUAAUGAAUUCCACCAGCUUUCUUCAACACACCUGACGG